UUGUACACUGUUGUAAAAUUGCCUGAAUAUUUAAUUGUGAUUUUCUCUAAAGUGGUAUAGUCGUGAAUAAGAAUCGAUAGCCAUAACCCUGAACCACCACGUGUUACAAUACUAUCACGAGGUGGAGUACGGCAGCGAGUAGUCACUAUAUGAGCCCCAGUAUGUUUGAUCGUGUUGAUUACAAUAAUUAUUGUCGAAAAGCUUGUAAAAUAUUGUGUUGAUCUGACAAUAGUGGACCCCAAAUUGCUUUCUAUUUAGAAUAAAUAAUAAGUGGGAUAUAUGCAGGUGUAAUUAAUAGUAAAAAGCUAUAAAAUACAUAUUAUUUAAUAGGGAUAAACUUUAUAACGUUUUUGUAAUUUGCUAAAAAGAUUUUUAAAAUAAAAUAUUAUAAUUAUGUGAUAGCUAUUAUUUGGACUUAAAAGUAAUAGUGUUACAUUAGUAUAAUUAUAACACGAUUAUGAGUGCUUGUAUGGAGGCGGAAAUAAAAUUAUUUUGGGAAUACGUAAAACGAUGCUGCAUGUACUCAUAUUUCUUGGCAUUACUUGCUGCAUAAUCGCUGCUAAUCCAGUAGCCAUCUCUAAUCGUCAAACAUCACUGAAAGAUAAUUUUGCACAAAAAUUAGAGUAUAUGGAUGUAAAAGCUUCAGAAAAUGAUUUGGCGAGAAUAUUACCUGAUAAAGCAAUGCUGUUUCUGAAAGUAGUGAAAGUUAUUAAAGGUCUUGUUGGACAUAAAGUGUCCGUAGUAUCGCUUGCCGUUGGUGCUAUAAAAUGGAUAAUCUCAAAUGCAGUGGUCAUCGCGAUAGGUGCAAUUAUCACCAUAGGAUUUUGUAAGUUCACUGGCAAAUGUUCGCUGUCUUAUGAGGAAUAUAUACCGGUUGCGCAACUCCAUACUUUUGUUACCCCUGAAAAUUUAAAAAUCGCUGAGAGGUUCCUUGUUACUGCUAUGGAAAAGUACAAUAAGAAAAACUAA